AUGUCUUCAAUGAUCACAACUACGGCCUGGGUGCGGCGAGGUGUCGCGGCCCAGUUUCCUACCAAGUAUGAGAUUGACGAAGAGGAGAUGGGCCGCAUUUCUAAGCUGGCCCGCAUGCAGCUUGAAGAAGCGCAGGAGGGGCUGAGCGCUGCCCAAGACGAGGCUAUGGAUGAGGACGAUAAGGAGGAGGAGAGCACUGAGGGUGCGGAUGAGAAGAAGGAGAGCAAGUCUGGUGCUGGUUCUGGCUCUGCACCCAAAAAUGCUGAGGACGAUGAUGUUCUCAAGGAGUUCAAUCUCGACACUUACGACGACGACGAAGUCGAUGAUGAUGGCGAGCGGGCCACCAUGUUCGGCAAUGUCCAGUCUCUGGCCUACCACCAGCCCAACGAGGAGGAUCCGUACCUUGUGAUCCCCGACGAUGAAGACAAGAACGAAGAGCGCGAGGAGCUGCAGAUUAUGCCGCAUGAUAACCUGCUUCUGGCCGGUAAGGUCGAGGAUGAGGUUGCACACCUGGAGGUCUACGUUUAUGAGGACCGAGCCGACAACCUUUACGUUCACCACGAUAUUAUGCUGCCCGGUAUCCCCCUCUGCUUGGAGUGGCUCGACGUCCCCGUCGGUGGAAAGGCCAACGAGGAGCGUACAUCAGGCAACUUCGUCGCCGUCGGAACUAUGGAGCCCGAUAUUGAGAUCUGGGACCUGGAUGUUGUCGACAGCAUGUACCCCAACGCCAUCCUGGGUCAAGGCGGCCAGGACAAGGGCGAUGGCCAGCCUAAGAAGUCGAAGAAGAAGAGCAAGGCCAACGACGAGUACCACAUUGACUCUGUCCUGUCUCUUGCCGCCAACCGCGGCCACCGCAACCUGCUGGCCUCUGCCUCGGCGGAUCGCACUGUCAAGCUCUGGGAUCUCAACACCACCACCUGCGCCAAGUCCUACUCUCACCACACCGACAAGGUCUGCUCGCUGGACUGGCACCCUAAGGAAUCUACCAUUCUUCUGAGCGGUUCCUACGACCGCACCAUUGUCGCAGCUGAUAUGCGCGCGCCGGACUCCAAGGCCCGAUGGGGUGUCGACUCCGACGUUGAGAACGUCCGCUGGGACCCGCACGAUCCCAACUACUUCUACGUCACCACCGACGGCGGUAUGGUGUACCGCUACGAUAUCCGUAACGUCCCCGCCACCCCGGCCGAGUCCAAGCCCGUCUGGUCCCUGCAAGCACACGACUCCUCCGUCUCCUCCUUCGACAUCAACCGCACUAUUCCUGGCUUCCUGGUCACCGGAUCCACCGAUAAGGAAGUGAAGCUGUGGAACGUCGAGAACGAUAAGCCCUCUCUCGUUGUUACGCGUAAGUUGGACGUUGGAAAGGUCUUCUCGACCGCUUUCGCUCCGGACCCGGAGGUUUCCUUCCGUUUGGCUGUGGCCGGUAGCAAGGGUACUGUACAGAUUUGGGACGCUUCUACGAACGGACCAGUGCGCCGGACUUUUGUUUCGCGCAUGCCGGAUCUAGAGGGCGAUGUGCCUGAGCGUAUUCUUGGUAUUAAUGAUGAUGAUGAUGAGGAGUCGGAUGAUGAGGGUCCAGGCGAGGGUGCUCAGAAUCCUCAGGCUGGCGGGCCUGAUGGGUGGGAGUCUAUGGAUGAGGAUUAA